AUGGAUUGCUGUGUCACGUUGGCACGGUGCUUCCCACCUGCCCAAGAAAGCUGCAGAUCUCUUGCACACCCACGCCGCCAGGCUAGUGUGGCAAGUGGGAGCACUUUCGUUCUGCUGGUGUCCCUGCUGGCAUUGCCAUCGGUGUGGCCUUCGCUUGCAACCCUGCCGCUUGUGUUGGGAGCAAUGGUCGUGCUUCAUGUUCCCAUGCAAUAUUUUCCGCUUGGAGUUUUCCAGUGCAUGUUCCUCUAUGAGUUGCUCUGUAGCCUUGUCUGGUAUUGUUACAACAUCUUCUGCCAUGUCGAAGACCUUCCACUUUCCAACGUACCGAACUCCUUCACUUGGAUGGAGCGAGCUGGACUUCAGUGUUACUUGCGCGAAGGGCCAUUUCGGCCGUCGCUGCGACGCUACUUCUUCGCUUUGGGGCAGGGCGUGGCCCUGCUGUUCGGAGCAGCCUUCGUGAGGAGCAGGGCUUUGCAGGCGCUUGGCGCAGGGAGUCAAGCAGACUCCCGCAGGGAUACUGCUGUGCCAGGACGCUUUGUGUCGACGUGGGUGCGCAAGGGAGUCGCACUUCUCCGGCCCAUCACUGCGGCGUUUGUCGCCAUAGUGACCCUAGGACAAGAGCCAGCAAACUUACUUGGCGUGGCCUACCUGCUUUGGCUUUUGUGCUUGGUGGCCAGCGGCGCCAUGUCUUCGUAUGUCAGCGCAGGUUGGGAUGCACUACGAGCGAGCAGUGCUGUGUGGCGCAGCGUGCUCGUGCUCAGCAACUUGAUUGUUCUGGCGCUGUUUUACUGCCAAGUAAUGGAGUCCCACAACUACGACAGCUUUCUCGGCUUUCAGCGGUCCGAGCAAACCGUUCUUGAGGUAACCUGGGCCCAUCUGAUUGUCGGUGUGCUGGCGGCUAUACAAGCACAGGCAUUGUCUAUGAAGAUACAGAUCCCGUCCAUGUACGUGAACUCCAACUCUGCUUUGGCCUUGUUCCUCUGGAUCGGUGGCAUCUUCAUUGAGAUGGGCAUCAUGUUGAAUCUGGUGAUGAUCCAGCCAUUUACCGUGGAUUCCUGCUUUAUCCUUCUGCUUUGUCUAGGCAUUGUGGCUGUGGAGCAAUUCGACGGAUCAGUGCGCAUGCGGAAUUGGCUCCUGACUGCCACAGCAUAUACCUGUGCAGUCAUCUUGAUGAUUCGCUAUGCACUUCUGAUCCCGGCCGUACAGGAAUGGAUUAGCGGUCCACGCUCACCACUGCCAAAGGACCAGUUCCUCCUGAUAUGGAAGGGUUUCGCUCUUGCCGACACGAGACUCGAGGUUCGUGUGAAGCUGGGAUACUUGGCAACGUUGGUGCCAUUGUCAAGUGGGUUGCGCCGUGUCUUUCGCUUUGGAUCCGAAGCGAGCCUCAUUGGGGCACGAAGCCAGGUGUUUUUGCCCAAGAACACAGUCCUGAUGACGGUGCUCCUGGAGGCCGCUCGGUGGUCUACAGUCGUGCUGAUUUUUGCCUGCUACUUCAUCAUGCCGCGUCACAACGCCACAUCCCACAUGCAGCUCGCCGUUCUAGUUCUGCUGCUGUUGAGUGGUCGAGGUUGGGAUUAUGCGGGUGGCUUCAUAUCCUUGACAUCCUCGGUCUUGCUUUUGGUCCAAUACGUCUACACCUUCAAGCUGAUCACAUUUCCAGAUGAGGAGGUGGAGUCGUACUGGGGUCUGCACAAUCAGGGGUACAUGGCCGAGAUGGCCUUGCUGUUGAUCGGCAUUAUUCAGAGAACAGUCAAGCGAGCGGCGAAGCAUUGCGUGGCUAAUUCACCUGCUGCAAAAGAAAUGGAUCGUCAGGCACGAAGCCGAAGCCAAAGACUGCGACAGGAGACCGUAGCCUACAGUGCUCAACUCGGUGCAGCCGUGCUGUUGCUCACCGCGCUUUUCUGCAACAGCGCUUGGUCGGUAGUCUACGUUGGCAGCGUGCUCCUAUUCAGAUCGAGCAAGGACAGCCGUCGGUGCCUCUCCCCAAGCGCGGCAAACUCUUGGCUGAGGUUUUUCGUGCUUUGGCUUGCGCUGAGCCUUGCCACAUCGCUUUCCUUUGAGGCUUGGUUGCCUCCGGGAAUUUGGAAGAAGCCCACGGCUGAUGAUGUUGCUGGGUGGUUCUGUCAGGCCUAUGCGAACAACACCGUGCUGGACUUUCCUGCGACAUGUCCAGAGGAAGGCUGCUCGAGACAACAUCAAUGUGGAAAGACCUGGAUGGCCUGGCUCGGCUUGCCUUCCAAGGGCUCCACGGACGUGACUCUCACCUUCAUGGCUUUGUUCUGCGUGUGCCUGCUUCGGCACCUCUGCCUCACUCAGCUAGGCCACGCCAAAGAGGAACGCGGCAGAGCCAGGUCGACGACUCCAGAGGAGGACCAUGCCGAGGGCGAGGAUGAAGCUGUCGGCGAAUCUCCGGGUGAAGAGGACGACUCCAUCUCGCAGGAGUCGGCUUCGAAGCAGCGAUGCAUGACAAUCACGCCGCGAACAGCUGUAAGAUGGAUGUCUGGAAUGCUGAACAUCUCGCUGGCCCUGGCAGCAGUGCAGCAGCCCCAUGUCAGCAUCAUCUCGUUGGGCUACCUGACCCUUCUCGUUUGGCACAUCUUCUCUAUGGAGAGUGUCCAAAUAGUCGGAUCCUCUUGGACAUCCCGCAUGAGAGUCAACAAGUGGAUCCGCACGUACAACGUGGUGGUGGCCUUCCUGCUAGUGUGCUUCCAAGCCCCCGUGGUGCCUUGCGCUUACGCGGUCGAACUGGCAGGUUGCAGCGAGAAGACCUGCCCGGAGACUUUCUUCGUUUCUCCGGACAAUUGCAGACUGUUGGCUGCGCAUGACAGCACUGCCUGGCGGGCCGGCUGGCGACCACUCACAGUUCUGCUCCAAAGCCUUGGCGUGCAGAAGUUCCGAGAAGGUGUCAGCUUCAGCUGGGCCAACCUGUGGAUAUUUGCGAUCUUUCUCAUUUCCAACUUGCAGGCACUCGCCCUCGAGCGAUGGGAGCGAGAGUUCCAAGCAGAGAACGGGGCUCAGAUGGAAAGACUUGACCUACGAGAGCGCUGGUACCAGGAGCAUUUGCUGCAUUGGCGACGCCUGGAACUGCGCAGGAUCGACACCAAACACAAGGUGCUGCUGGUCAAGCUGCGGUGUCUCACUGGCUUUAUCACUGAGCUGAGGGCCAUUUGGCAAAAUCGGCGUGGCGAGCUGACAACCCAGGAGCGGUCGCACAGGGCAAGAGAGGAUCGCAUCCACAACUUGUGCCUCUCCUCUGGGCUUCCACCCGCUGCAGUUCAGCCAGUACUGGAGGCUUUCGUCCAAGCAGCAGCCAAAGCCGCGGGGCCUUGCGGGGAGCUCCUAAAGAUGGACACUGCGCCAGAAGAAUGUCGCCCGAGCCCAAAGACGGGCAUGGCAGAGGAGGAGAUCUGCAGCAACAAUGCCAAGGUCGUAGAGGUGAGCCGGAUCGAAGCGGUGGAAGAGAUAAAUCACUGCGUUUGCGAGCACCUCAAGGAUCUCCAGCUGCAGCGGCUACGUCGGAUCUCGGCUAAGGAAGUGUCGGAGCGGAAGACCUCACUGCUGGAGCGAUGCGCUCGGGCCGGAGAGGUCGUACGGGAUGCAGCAGCUGCACCACAGGUGCAAGAGGGCAGUGCCACGUUGCAGAAUGGCAUCCCGGAGGAAGCUGGAGAGGACGCCGAAGUGCCUACGGAGUCUGACGCCUCUGCUCUCCGCAGGGGCAAAUACCGCCGGCAAAAUUCUUUGCUCGGUGAUGGCUUUCUCGCGACUGGUACGGCGAAGGAGAAGCAGGCUUUGUUUGCCGAUGUCAAGGUUCGAUGCUUGGAAAUGGCACGCGGAGCACUGGGAUUGCUGGUGGAUGACUUCCUCUACACCUAUGACCCGGAAGACACACUGCAAAGUCAUCGGCGGCAUGACAGCCUGGCAGCACUCCUGUACAAGGCCUUUUGGUCUCAAACGCUCCCGCUUCUGAUGAUCUUCACUGUCGUACACUUCGCGAUGUACACAUGUGUGCUUUCAGCAGUGACAUCGUGCACUCUGGUGGUGUCUUUGAUGACCUUCCCACAUCCACAUCCAAGGUUCUGGAAGGGGCUCAUCAUGUUCAACCUCACCAUCGUGCUGCUCAAGGUACUUUACCAGCUGCCGAUCUUUCCCACGUCUUUCGAUUACGUGCAGCUGAAGGCUGAUAUGCAAAGUGGAUUCUUGAAUGGAGUACCAGUGCCAUGGGAAUCAGUCCUGGGCCUCGAGAAGGUGGCACCCGCUGGCCCACUGCCGGGCCACGACAACGAAGAGGCGUUGGUGACAGAUGCGGUUCGAGAGUUGGAGCAACGAGGAUUGGUCGGCCAUUCCUUGCUGGGCCUACUGUGGUCUGAUCUGCUCGUGUGCCUCUUCCUUGUCUGCCAUUGGCACACGCUUCGUCACAGCGGCCGCUUGGGCAAUCCUGCGCACAUUUGUCGAAGGCUAGCUCUGGACGACAUGCGAAGGAAGCAGCAGGAUCCACCGACGCAGAAGUGUGAGCACAGCAGGCGGCAUCUCACACUGCCAUCGCCUUUUGGCCCGGCUUCGCGUGCACCACAGAAGCGCUUGACAACGACUGCCGCAGCUGCAGUGCAGGCUGUCACGGACACCCCGGCGGUGAGCAGCUUUGCAAAGGCUCUGCACCGCGAUGCGAGGGACUGUAUCGACUUUGCCGGGCUGCGAAAACCUGCCAUGGACCUCUUCGCCCCGCGCGCUGGGUUGAUGAUGUGUUGCUUCUGCAUUGUCCUGAUCAGCUGGAACAGCCUGAUGGACAACAGGGAAUCCUUCGCAGAUUCCCUCUCCUCAAGCAGCUUCAGUGGCAAGCAGGUGAUGGCCGUGGCUCUUUUCAUCGGGCUCUUGGUGGAAGCGAGAGCAGAGUACACGUGGUACACGCAGCACCGAUCCAAAGGCCCUGACGGCUGGCAGUUCCGAGCGAAGGAGCAGCAGGAGAAGAAUGGGUGCAGCUCCGAGACAGGAGGAACCCCGGUCCAGCUAAGCGAGGAGCGUAAUUUGCAGCCCACGAUGAAUCUCAUCAUGUACUUCGCCCAGAGGAUAAUCCUUUUGACGGAGCUGGUGGCGCUGCAUGCCUUCUUCAUCGUGCGGUGGUCCAGCAGCAACACCUACCAGCCGAGGAUGACAAACUCCAUCCAGAUGCUGUUCUACGUCUUCUUCAUGCUCUACUUGGCGCUCACCUCCUUGCAGCUCAGGUACGAUGUUCAUGUCACCAGCGGUGGGUUGGGCCUGACUCACAGCAUGAACUUCUUCUACUCUGUGGCAUUCAAGGCGUAUCUGGCGGUUCCCUUCGUGGAGGAGAUGCGAGUGCUGACAGACUGGACUGUGACAAGGACCUCCAUGGACUUCUUCAUGUGGAUGAAGCUGGAGGAUGCGCAGCAGGGGCUUUACAGGACAAAGCGAGAUUUCCACAUGCGUCGCUGGUAUCCUCCUGCAGCAGCACGGCCAACAUGGGAGAAGGUUCUUCAAGGCGGAUUGUUGCUCGUGGGCCUGGCUCUCCUCAUUGUCGGUCCGAUUGCGCUGUUUUCUUCCUUGAACCCAAGCCUGCAGUCCAACCGACUGACAUCUGGGACUUUGACUGCAACUCUGCUGGUUCAGUCAAGCGACCAGGGCAUCAGAAAGUUGCAUCUCUUUGAAGGAACCCAAAGCUCCAUCACCACGGACGUGUGGCAGCAUGGAGAUUUGUCUCGCAUGGAUACGUCCAAUGUGACAUGGGUGGAAGAAUCCGAGCGGAGCUUCGACUCUACCGACCCAUCCAGCCUGGCAGCUCGCAUCACGGAAAGCCUUAGUGAUCCCGAUGUCACUGCUUGGAUAGAAAUAGAGUAUGUCUUGCUCUUCAAUGGCGACACUGGUCAAAGCAAGAGGGCAGAACUUCCACCCAGAAGAGUCAAGCUUAGCAAGAAUGCGACGCUUCAGCUCGGCAGGCUCGUCAAUGAAAGCCUGGACUUGUCCGACGUACAAGAGGAUCCCAUCUUCAUUUCACAAGCAACAUCCAAGACCUUGCGGGUGAAUUCGAAUUUGGAGGCGCAGUACACGGGUAGGGAGAUGGACUUCCUGCUCACGUUCCGAUCCAGCGAAUUCGGCGUGCACCGGCACUCCCAUGGCCGAGAUCGCGGCAGCCAACUUCGCGCAGCGCCUGUGCGCGGAGUUUGGUUGCUGUCAAAAUCUUCCCCAGAAUGCUGGGCGAAGCAGGCUGGAUCCUCGGACAGCGAAGGCAGAGGCCUGGCGAGAGUGGACUGCCGGAUAUCACAGUUCGUAGCCAGCGAGAAAAGUGCUCCCGCACCCAUGGGCUACUCCGGUUCUUGGGGUGUGAUGGGCAUCUACCUGGGUGUGGUGUAUGCAGUUGGCCGAUUCCUUCGCCUCGUGUUCCAGGAUUCAUCCAAGCGGGCUAUUUACGAGGAGCUUCCUGACGUCCAGCUCUUGCAGGACUUGUGCAACGGAAUUUACAUAGCCCGCAUCCAGCACCUGCUCAAGACAGAGUUCAAGCUGUACUAUCAGCUGAUGAACCUCUUCCGCAGCCCGGAACUACUGCUUACCGUCACGGGUACUUUCGGAGCGCAGAAGAUCGACGGCGAGAUGGAUUUUCUGGCUGAGCUGGACGAUGGCCAUCUCGGCUUCGACAGCGCAGGUACGAGGGUGCAAUCUGACCCACGGCUGAAAUCGCCAGAAGCAUUUGGGUCUCCAGGCACGGCGACCAUCAACCCGAUUCCAGGGUCCUCGCAGGGAACACAAGAGACUGGCGUGAUGCCGCAAGCUUCAGAGAACACCAACGUCGAUGACGAUUUGAGGCAGAUUCAAGAGCUUCAAGAGGAACUUGAUCACCACUUCGGAGAUGUGCCCAUGCCAAGCGUUGGCAGGUUCGCCGGAGUUGCUGAAUCCGAGAUGCCACUCGGUGAUGUCACCGUCGCCACAGAGCUGCGAGGAGGGGAGAACCCAAUCCCGACCUCCCCGACAAGCGAACUUCGGCGCAGGCAUUUACAGGCGGCCGCGUCUAGCGGCAAUGCGGGAAUUAGCACCAGCAGCCGCUUGGAGAUGUAG